UUCUGUUGUGUAAAAUCUAGAUUCUAAACAAAGAUCUCGCAAGCCAGAACCAGCAAAUAAGAAGAAGAAAAAACACAAAAAAAAAAAACUUUACCAACUUCCAUCUCAGCUAAUCCAGCCCGUGAAACCGUGUUGUGCGUCCAUGUUUCUUUGUUGCGUGAUGACGGCUAAACAUGGCGGUGUAACCGGUACCGUGUAUGGCCUCUGUAACAGCCCCGAUCGGACCGUACGGCACUGCAGCUUAUUUCCACCGAAUCUGGGCGAAAAUGCAAGCAGACCCAGCGGCAUCGGCGGUGUAUUGUAUUGUCACGAUACCGGCGCCGAGAAAAAUAAGGUGUUGCUGUCGUGGACUGUCGUCAGUUGGUGCCUUUUGCAGUCCCCUGUCACACCAUUUGACACCAUUGCUCGGCCCGGGCUGCAGUGAGGUCAUGAUUCAUGAGAGCUUGCAAGGUUUUUUUUGUCUUAUUGUUUUUUCUUUGCCCUAUAUGUCUCCUGAUUUAGAUACAUUGCGAAUAUUAUUCGGGAUUGUCGUUAUUUGGUGGUGGUGUGGUGUGGUGCUAAAUGGUGACUCAACGGCAUUGCCUCAGCCUUUUUGCACUACACAGGAAGAUGUACAAAGUAAGGAAUGUACGUGGAUUCAAAGCAGAGCAAUAGUACCAUCCACGAGCCCAAAUAGUACUGUACAAAUGUUCUCCUUGGAGCACUAUUACGGGGAGCUCUAUACAGCUCCGAAAGAAUGCAAACUAGGUACGGAGUAGGUAUGACUCGAUGCAAAAAUCUGCAGGGAAACCCACUUCUUUGCCUUAGUCCAGACCCCCAAGUCAUCAUUAGGUAUUCCUGCUUCUAGACUUGUGCCUUGUGGAGUUUGUCAAUCCCGAUUCCCGAAGCAGGGAGAGCAUUGGUGGACCCAUAUUUUCUCGGGUGAUGGCUUUUUUUUUUCUGGGUCCUGCUGGAUAAUAAUGGAAUUGCUGAGUCACACCACCG